AUGGCUUCAAGUUUUCCUAUAUGCGUUAUCUCAUCAAGCAUUGUACGACCCGAAAAAGUACACCACUCCGGUCGUGAAAAGAUCCAUCUAACUCCUCAUGAUCUCGACCUUCUCUAUGUUUUCUAUCCUCAAAGAGGUAUCCUCUUCCCCAAACACAACUCAGAUAACCAAAUCAUCCCUGGAUUAAAGGCAUCUCUUUCGACCGCAUUAGAGAUAUAUUUCCCGUUGGCUGGUCGUCUCGUCAAAGUAAACAAUCACGAAGACAACACGCUGUCGGUGUACAUCGACUGUGACGGUUCAGGUGCCAAAUUUGUCCAUGCAAAAGCCGAAUCUGUCUCCGUGAAUGAUGUCCUUCAGUCAUCGUAUGGCUCUGUUACUAAUUUCAUAUCGCUUUUUUUCCCUGCAAACAACGCCGAAAGCCAUGACGCCCUUGUCUCGGAGCCCUUGCUUGCAUUGCAAGUCACCGAGAUAAAAAAUGGAGUCUUCAUCAGUUUUGGUUACAAUCACUUGGUGGCCGAUGGUUCUUCCUUCUGGAGUUUCUUCCACACUUGGUCCAAGAUUUGUCUUAACGGUUCGGUUUCUAAUAUUAAGACUCUUGUUCUAAGAAAUUGUUUCCUUGACACGAUUGAUUACCCGGUACAUAUUCCGGUUUCGGAGAUGGAGACGCCACCACGUUGUAAAACUACAACCAAAGAGAGAAUUUUUCACUUCUCCAAAAAUAAAAUUCAAGAUCUCAAAGAGAAAGCCAACAACGAAAUUGGCACCAUUUUUCCGAAAAUCUCAUCUCUUCAAGCGGUUGUGGCAUAUCUAUGGCUAUCAAUCAUCAGCCACAGUGGUCUCAACCGAGAAGAAGAAACACAAUGCAAAGUAGCGGCGGAUAUGAGACAAAGGCUAAACCCUCCUCUCAAGAAAGAGUGCUUUGGGAAUGUAAUCGAUCUC